AUGUCGCCGCCGCCCGAGACAGCCUCUAGCCCUACUAGCGCGGAUUCGCCCUCAUCUUCAAGUCUACCUCAAUCUAGCCAAUCCAUCGCGCCAGACGAGAUUGUGCCUAGCCGACAUGCCUCACCUAACCCCGCGCUUUCACCUACCAGCCAGAGUGCAGGAGAGACAAACAGACGUAGCAACGAACAUCGCUCUACUACACCCGAGGCCUCUGUUCAUGCAUUCUCACCUCUCCCCGAAAAUCUCCCUGACGCAGAUGCUUCUACCGAAAACCAGAACCCAGUCGGGAAUGCCUUGCCGAAAGAAGAGCCUGGUGCUCCUGGUCUAAACGGCAGUGCUACGGCUGGGGCCAGACGUAACCCGAAGCGAACGGCAUCAUCAGCCCUCAUGGACCCCCCACUAAGUGACAUUCCAAUCCCAGAUAACCUCCUCGAAGAAGCCCUUGCUCCCCUGACUCAAGAAGAGCUCAGUGAAUGGAAAGGAUGGAUCGAGUUCGAGUCUGAUCCUGCCUUCUUCAAUACUAUUUUGCGCGACCUUCAGGUCAAAGACGUCAAAGUCACAGAACUCUUUGAUCUCGGCGACUUGGCUCUCCUACCGAAACCGGUUUAUGGCCUCGUAUUCCUUUUCAAGUACGUUAAUGACGACUGGGACGUCGAGGAAGAAUCCGACACCGAAGAUGUCUGGUUCGCAAACCAAACGGUUGAUAAUGCAUGCGCGACAGUUGCCAUGAUCAACAUUCUCAUGAAUUCGCCUGCAGUGGAGCUAGGAGAAGAGCUGCGGCGAUUCAAAGAGGCGACCCAGCGCAUGAGCAGUGCGCGGCGCGGCAAGGCCCUCGCAGAAAACCAAUUCAUGAGAACUGUCCAUAACUCAUUCACAAGACGCAUGGAUCAUCUGAAUACCGACCUGUGGCUCCAUGACAAGGCCAUGGAGUACAGGAAGAAGGCGCGAAGAGCCACCAAGAAACCCAAGAAGGGAAAGCCUACCAAGAAGAAAGCCCCGAAGUCUGAUGCCGGUUUCCACUACGUUGCUUAUGUUCCCGUCAACGAGUCCCUGUGGGAGCUUGACGGCCUUCGAUCCCGGCCUUUGAAAGUCGGCCCCAUUGACCCCACGUCGUGGGAAACAGACGCCGUCGAACAUCUCUAUAGCAGAAUGUGUCAAUACGACGAAGGUCUCGAGUUCAACCUCGUCGCCAUAUCCCGCAGUCCCAUCCCCACCAUCACCGCCCAAAUCUCCCAACAAAUCCACUCCCUCCGCGAACUCCGCCGCCUCACCCCGCUCUGCACAAAGGACUGGACCACCCUCCAAGGCUCCCACCCCUUCAACUUCUUCGAAGCCAACCCCGACCUCUCGCGUUUCCAACUAACCGAAGCCAUAAUCUCCGCCGCGCCCCUCCCCCAAGACCUCGAACCCAUCCUCAGCGACCUCUCUGACGAAUGCACCGAACUACCUCAGCGCUGUGUAGACUACCACGCCUCGAUCCUCAGCCGCCUAAGGCACCUAAUCGAAGACUACGAAAAGGAGGUGGCCUUCGUCGAGGACGCCGAAAGGGCCGUCAAGGGCCGCAAGAAGGAUUAUACCCCGGCCAUCCACGCCUGGGUGAAGAAGUUGGCGGAGAAGGGCCUGCUGGAGGACCUAGCUACGUAG